ACCUAAAGUUGCGUGCCAACUGCCAUUAAACAAAAAGAAGAAGAAGAAGAAAGUAGUAUCGCGGGAACUGCUAGACAGUCGUCAAAACAGCAAACCUCGGAGAGGUUAAACUACUGUUCAUAUGAGUGAGUUCAGUUAAGUUGUGUAGUUUCCCAUCGGCAUAUGGAGGGAGUAUUAUCACUAUGUCUCACAGACUGACGAAAGAAGAGCUGGAUGCACAGUUUGAACAAUUUCUGAAAGAGUCUGUUUCAGACGACUCGAUUGAUUUAGGAAGCCCUGACAAGCAGCCUCAUGCUAAAACCAGUCAGAAAUCCUCCCAGAAACCAUCAGUGGCACCGUGGCAAGAUGACGAUCACAGCAGUGAAGGAACAGGGAGAGCAGAGACAGCCAAACGCAGAUUUAUCAAAGCCAGAAAGGCCCAGCCCAAGAACAACGAGGAUUUCGGCAGGGAGUCCUUCUAUAAGCCUGUCCCCAAACCUUGCUGCAGUGCUCCGAAUAAACUCGUUAUUUCUGAAGAGAGUCACAAAAGCACAGUUUUGGAAGAUUCCCAAACUGUAGAACGACACAAAGCUCCAUCUGAUGACUUGUGCUCACACAGUCUGAGCAGGUCUAUGCAUGAAAGUCUCCAGUGUGUGUCAGGAGAAAGGAGUCCUGAUGACAUUACUGAAACCCCUCCAGCCACCACUGAUAGUCUUUCACAGGGGGACAGUGAAGAUGGACUGUUGGAAUUUGCGAAGUCUUUCAGGAAGUCUUUAAGGAAUUCACAGCCUAUUCAAGAAGAGGAUGAGGAUCCAGAAGAUGCUGGUUUGAAGAAAGACGGGAUGGAAACCGCUUUCCUUAACAGAGAUAGCACAGAGACAGAGAACUCAGGCGUGGCACCAGCUGUGAACAUGACCAGUAUGGGUUUGGACACACUGGAAGAAGAAGAGGAGAAAGCUAGGUUCUUUGCCCAGCUCGAGGCGGGAGCUUUGUCAACUAUAGAUUACUCCAAGCUGAACAGAGACCUAGACUCAACUGGUUAUACCAUCACCACUAACCUUGGAAAAGCAGAGGAUGUGAAGGAGCUGAGUGAUGGUCAAAGUGAGGUCAGAGUCCCAGAAACUAGAAUGUCUCCAGCCUUUACAGGUUCCCCACACUACAGUGACGAUUUUGAAGAUGAGAAGGAUGUGAAAAAUCCACUAGAGGAGAAGUGUACAACAUCUGCAAUUUUUGCCAGAGUUUCUCUUUAUGAUUCUUUGGAUGAAACUGAUGACAGAAGAAAGGACACAGAGGGGUCACUGGACAAAGGCCACUCAUAUCUGCAAAGCGGAGAGUCUGAGAUGGAGGCUCUUCAGGAGGCCUACAGACAGGUCCAUGUUGUGGAGGAUUCAGAUGACUAUAAUCACCAAAAUGCAUCUGUGGAAGGGAGAGGAAAGAGCAACAGACCUGUGUCUCCAUUCUCCUCUCCUCAACAUGCCUGUCAGUCUCUUCAGCCUGCUUCAACCAAUGAGUCAGAGCUACCUACUGAGGAAGAACUAAUGAGGCGCAUCCGACCAGAGAAGGACCAAAUUAGAGGCUUCACCCUGCAGCCUGUCAGUGCUGUGGAGUUCAACCAAGAAAAGGAAUCUCAGUUCCUGGAUAACACAGAUGUGCCUUAUACAGACUCACAAUGGAAGAAAACAAAAAAGUCUGUCCCCGUUUCAGGGGUAAAGGGAGCCAGGGGACAUGCCAGCCAUCAGUCCAGCUCCCCAGAUCCUCCCAAGCAUCACCUAACAUGGAGUAUCAAGGAGGAGGGCUCCCAUGGUUCCACUGUUUUUAAACCCUCUACGCCUUCAGUGGAAAAACCUGCUGCAGCUGCUGUGAGAGGCAAGAGAGUGGAUGAGAGAAUUGCUCCCAGGCUGUUUGGCUCGAGUAGAGCUGCUACUACUGCAGCCAAAAGCCAGAUCUCUGUUUCCCGUUUCCCACAGCAUCCACGAAAAGCCAAAUUUACAAAGAACCAAGAAAAGGAUGACUGUGAUUCUGCAGCAGAGUCGGGUCUGAAGGUGAGCAGUGAGCUGGUGGCAUCAGUUCAGUCCUUAGUGGCCAUCCUCCAACAACAGAUAGACACCAGCACUCACCAGGAUGCUGCACAGGAAGUUAGAGGUCUUCAAGAAACCCGAGAGAUACAACACCUUCCACAGUUCAAUUUGCAAACUGCAGAAGAAGCUCGUCGGAAGAAGAGUUGUGUGGAGACUGCAGACCCUGUGACAGAGGAGAAGCUCCAGAAGAUUGAUAAAGAAAUAAAAGAGCAGGAGACACUCAUCAAAGGUUACCAGCAGGAGAACGAGAAGCUGUAUUUGCAGAUGAAGACUCAGCAAGCCGCAAGUAAAGCCAAUGAGGAGGCAAUGUUCAAUGAAAACCAGAGGCUACUGAAUGAGCUGGCUUUCACAAGGGAGCAGCUGAAUAAAACUUCAAGGCCUGUGGGAAAUGUUUGCCUAAUGGAUCACACUCAACGCAUUACAGACCUUUUAGCUCAAGUACAGGAACUUAAGAGGAAUGAGGCCAAGCUGUAUGUGGACAUUCACAACCUGAAGCAAGAAAAAAAAGCUCUUGAGGUUGACCUGCAACUAACAAGGAAUGAGAGCGACUUGGCUAAAGGUCAAGCCAUUUCUACGUCAGGUGAUAAGACUUCUGAGGUGGGUGUACUGGAGAACAAACACAGAGAGGAAGUGGUGGCCCUGAAGAAGAAGCUGCAGUGGUUUGCUGAGAACCAGGUGCUGCUGGACAGAGAUGCUGGCAGGCUGAAGGCAACUACAGCUGAGAUACAACUGCUCAAAGAACAGGUAGAAAAACUUAAACAGGCAGUUGGCAAAAGAAGCACCGAGCAGCAGAGAAGGGUCAGAGACAAAUCUCUGAACAUGAAGAGGAUGCAGGACUUGGAGAAACAGGUGAAGGAACUGGAGCAAAUACUAAGAAACAGAAACCCAAACUCUCUACCUGCCCUGAUUUAUGCUGCGGCCAGGUCUGCUAGUCAUGAAGAUGUGGGUGCAGCCAAGACAUCUCCACCUAGCCAGAUAGCUCCUCUGCUGGAGAGAAGGAUCCAGCGUCUGGAGGCUGAGCUGGAGAGUCAUGAUGAGGAUGCCAAGCACAGCCUGCGGGCAAUGGAGCAGCAGUUCCACAGAAUCAAGCUCUGCUACGAGCAGCAGAUUUCAGAAUUGGAGCAGCAGCUGCAACAGAAACAGCAGAAUGAAGGAGCAGAUUUGUCAAAAGCAUGGAUGUCAAAGAUUCAGACUCUGGAGGAAGAACUGCAACGUGAGAAGGAGAGCAACCAAGAGAAAGAAAACUCUCUCCACAACCUGAUUGAGUCUCUUCAGCAGCAGCUCAAACACAAGGAGAAUCCCGUCCCACAGAAAGCCCAGCCAAGUCCAGGCCGACAACAACGUCAAGCCGAGGCAGCUUUUGGCGUUCGGAUAGAGAGGCUGAACCAAGAGGUUGCUACCAAAACACGAACCAUUCAGGAGCUGACUCGUACUGUGGAGAGAUUGCAGAAAGAGAGGAGGAACAUGUUGUCUUUACCGAACCCACGGCCAGAAAUACGUUCCACAGAGACCAAACAAACACAAGGCCUGACCAAAACUCUUUGUUCCCCGACUGUACAAGAGACACGUGCAGUGGAAGAAACGUUUCCAGUUGCACAGUAUGAAAAGACCUACCAGCCCACUGUCUUUACAGGAAGUCAUAUCUCAGAGGUUCUGCAGGAGAACGAGGCCCUGAAGCAGCGUGUGGAGCUGCUGGAGCUGCAGGGCGAGCAGGAGAAGGAGGCACUGAAGGCUGAUGCUGUACAAGCCAAGGAGGAGCUGUGCAGGCUGAAGGAGCACUUUGCAGAGCAGCUGUCUUCACUGAAGGCAGAACACCUCUUAGUGGUGGAUCGUCUGCGUGCCACCCAUGCCCUGGAGCACUCAUCCUCAAAGGUUGCCCAGCUGACCAAUAAGCUGAAUGCUCAGGAGAUUGGGAUAAAACAGCUGCAAGAGCAGUUGAAGGAGCUGCAGGGUUCCAAAGAUGCACUUGAAAUAUCCAGGACCAGAGAAAAUGUUCUGCAGAAACAGCUGACCACACUGCUGCAGGAACUGAAGGAAGCUAAAGAAGCUCAGAGCCCAGAGGUGAAACUAUUGUGUAGCCUGGAGACGAAGAUCCUCAACAUCGAGGGCAAAUACCAGCACAAAGAGGAGGAGCUGCAGCAGGUGAUUGAGGGAGCGUGGCAGACAGCCCAUGUGGAUUAUCAGUCUGAGGUGGAACGCUGGAAGCGCCUGGCUCAGGACAAAAGCAGAGAGCUAGAAGUUUUCCGUCUGGAGCUGGAUUCCAUCCUGGACAUCCUGAGACAUCUUCAAAGACAGGGAUUGGUCCUUCCCACUGCUGACCACCCCAUCACAGCCCUGUUCCCUCAGACAGCGUAAUGUGUGCUCAAGAUUUCAAAGCUCAUACUGAAAAUUGUGUUCCGAUGCUAGUUUAUCAGUAUGUGAGUAAUUUAGGUCGAUUUGCAUCUCAUAGACAGCCAGUAAUAUUACCCAGCAUGCCUCAUAUCAAACUCGAUGCUGAUUUCUGUUCCAAGGUUAGUGGCUGCUGCUUAUCAUUAGUUUAUAAUGUACAAAUACAAACUAAGCCAGAAACGAUUGAAGCUGUUCCUUUGGUGUAAAUUUUGUAGUGAGUUUUUACUUUUUAUUUUGUAAUUUAUUGCAGAGACACUGAAAAUAAAUGUUUGUACAUGUUUUAACUGAGCUACAUUAUUUUCAGUACACUGUACAUAUCUUAUUGCACUGAACUGUAUAGUAUUAGUACUGUACAAAGACCUACUGGGAUAUUUACUCUGGAUGUGCAGCUUUCUUUUGGCUGCUGAAGAGUUAAACUGCAUUUAAUAAAGUGACACACUAAGGUUGA